CGCCCCGCACGCCUAAAUUGCGGGUCUGUCGCUUCUCAAUAGCGUAAGUCACCCGCCCCUGCCUCCCCCGGCCUUCGCGCGCUGCGACGGCCCCUCAAGGCCGCGCCCCGGCGGCUGCGCAAAAAGCAGCGCCGGAGAACGCGCUCUCGCUGACAAAACACUGUUCCCGUGGGAGAGCGGCGGGGAGCCACCCCGCACGCCCGCCCUGCCAGCCUUUGAGUAGUGCAGGCUGGCGCCCCAGCCCUAAGGACCCCGCCCCGCCCGAAACCCAAAAAAUUCCGCCCAUCCGCGCCGCGCGCGACCGACCCCGACGAAAUCCGCGCAGAACCAAGAUGGCCAAGGGCCUCAAGAAGAAGAGCGACCUCGAGCUCACGACGGCGGAGCGCGCCGCGGUCCUCCGGGCCAUCGCCGAGCUCGACGGCAAGUCCUCGCAGAAGGCCGUCCGCAAGUCGGCCGAGUCCAUACUAGGCGCGCCCGAGGGCUCGCUCGACGCCAAGAAGGCGGCCAUCAAGGAGGUCUGCCAGGAGGAGAUGAACCGCCUCGAGCAGCAGAAGCCGCCCAAGAAGCAGAAGCGCAAGAAGGCGACGCUCGGCGCGGAGGGCGCUGCAGAUGACGACGACGACGCGCCGGCCGAGUACGUGCCCAAGAAACCGAAAGUCAAGCCCGUCUCGAAAGACGGCCAGGCGGAACGGACCGGCAAGUUCUCCAAGGCGGAGUCCGCGGAAGUCAUGCAAGCUGCUGAAGAUGAAGCGAAGUCGCGGGGCGUCACGGUGUCGCAGAUGGUCGAGAAGAGCGACUGGGGCCGCGGCGACAAGAACCCGUGGCGGUCCAUCGCCGAGAAGUUCCCGCAGCGAUCCGCUCGUAGUAUUCUAGGACACGUCAAGCGCAACGGCCACUCGGGCGCCAAACAAAAAGGCGUGAGAUGGACGGUGGGCGAGUCGCAAGCGCUGAAGGAGGCCUUCGACAAGAACCCGUCGGACUGGACGCAGAUCGCCCAGGGGUUUGAUAGGACGCCCGGCGCGUGCCGCGACCGCUACCGCACGUUAUUUGGAGAGGUCCCCGCGAAAGGGACACCGCAUUCGGAGGCGAAGGAGGUCAAGUCCGGCAACUGGGGCGCCGACGAGGACAAUAGAUUGCGGAACUGCAAGUCGAAGAACGGGCGGCCCGUGUGCAAGGAGGUCGAUCCCGAGACCAUUAGCUUUUCUGAUGUGGCGCGGGCCGUGAAGACGCGGUCGCGCCUCCAGUGCCGCCGCCGCUGGGCGGAAUUGCGGGGCCCCGCGGCGCCGCCUUCCAAGAAGCUCGAUUCCGCGUCGGAGAAGCUGAGCCUGUGUGAAGCGUUGAAGGCGUCGGGCGCUACUGAUGAGUCUGAUGUCACGUGGACUUCUUUAGGAUGGGACGUGCCCGGCGCGGCGACGGCCUGCGCCCUGAGCACGUGGAAGCGGCUGAAGAAGGCGCAUGGUGGCGGCGACGACGCGGACUUCCAGGAGGCCUUGGAUGCCGUCACGUCGGAGCUCCAGGCCGAGGUCGACGGCGGCGCCGACUAGUUGGCGUCUGGUGCCGCGCCCCCCCUCCCCUCCCCCAUUAAGACGGGGGUUCCCA